AUGAAUGGUAUCACUGAUCCAGAGAGUCUAGAGCCAGCCACGACCUAUAUGUUAUUUUUUUUAAAGCUGAUCCAAUGCAAAGAUAGUCUUGUGUCAAGCGGACAUAUGAUGCGCUUGAUGUUUAGACCCUUUGAUCAUGUAAUGCUGAACAAGGUAGUGUUGUCAAAGUCCAUAAAACUUCUGCCUUGUGCCUUGCCAGCUCUUGUAAGGUUAAAUGCAAGCCACAUGAGCCAACACCACGGAGUCACCGGCGAAAUCAGAAUUGGUGUUGAAAUUUGGCAUGUAUCGCUGGAAGUAGUGGUGGAAAGACGGAAAGACAAAUCCUCCGCUGGUAUCUAA